AUGGCGUCACUUUUUGGACAGGUUGCCCGUCACUGUCGGGGUCUGACCCGAAGAGGACUUGCAGCACCACUGCGGACAGUCACAUCAGAAGCAGAUACAGGCAAUCAGCAACCUGGAAUAAGCUUUGGAUUGACUGAUGAACAGAAAGAGUAUCAAGACACUGCCAGAAAGUUUGCUAGAGAGGAAAUUAUCCCUGUUGCUCCACACCAUGACAAAACUGGAGAGUACCCUUGGGAUGUGAUAACAAAAGCAUGGGGUCUUGGACUCAUGAACUCACACAUACCAGAAAAGUAUGGUGGCCUUGGACUGGGGAUUCUGGACACUUGUGUAAUAACAGAAGAACUGGCAUAUGGAUGUACUGGUGUACAAACAGCAAUAGAAGCAAAUUCCCUUGGGCAAAUGCCAGUGAUUCUGGCUGGUAAUGAUGCACAACAGAAGAAAUACCUUGGUCGAAUGAUGGAGGAGCCUCUGAUGUGUGCCUACUGCGUGACAGAACCUGGAGCAGGUUCUGAUGUGGCUGGUCUGAAGACAAAAGCUGUGAAGAAAGGAAAUGAUUAUGUCCUAAAUGGCAAUAAGAUGUGGAUCACCAAUGGUGGUGUUGCUAAUUGGUACUUUGUACUUGCCCGUACUGGAGAUUCCAGUAUGUCGGCUGGGAAGGCCUUCACUGGGUUCAUAGUGGAUGCUGACACACCUGGGAUUACUGUUGGCAGGAAGGAAUGGAACAUGGGACAAAAGGCUUCAGAUACCAGGGGAAUCACAUUUGAGGAUGUUGUGGUGCCAGCAGAGAAUGUCCUUACUGGAGAGGGAUUUGGCUUCAAGGUUGCCAUGGGAGCCUUUGACAAGACAAGACCACCAGUAGCUGCAGGAGCUGUAGGUCUGGCACAGAGGGCACUUGAUGAAGCAACAAAAUACUCCAUGGAGAGAAAAACUUUUGGAAAGCACAUUUGUGAGCAUCAAGCUGUGGCCUUCAUCUUGGCUGACAUGGUGAUAGGUGUGGAGACUGCUCGCCUGGCCACAUAUCGGUCAGCUUGGGAGAUUGACCAGGGUAGACGCAACACAUAUUAUGCCUCCAUAGCAAAGGCCCUAGCUGGAGAUGUAGCAAAUAAAGCUGCUGCAGAUGCUGUACAGAUAUUUGGUGGAAAUGGUUUCAACUCAGAAUACCCUGUUGAAAAAUUAAUGAGGGAUGCAAAAAUUUAUCAGAUCUACGAGGGGACUGCUCAGAUCCAGAGGGUGAUAAUAUCAAGGGAACAUCUCACGACAGCUAAACAGUCAAUGUAAAAACUUUAUACAGAGUACAAGGCUUUUGUGAAGUGAUUUGAUUAAUUUCAUUUACAUAUGAUUUGAUUAAGAAAUUUCAUUUUGAGAAGUCCAAGAACAAAGUAUAAACUUUUGUAUAUGCAGCAGUAGUUACCUUUUACCAUAUAGGCAAUACUCAGGUUUGGACAUUUCAGUCGUAUAUACUCAAGGAAGAAGUUUCUGAACAUGUUGAUGUAUAGAAAUUCUUUUAAUUACCUGUAUUCAUUGGUGAUUUACCUUACAAUAAAACAAUCAAUUGGCCUUUAAGCUCCCCCGUCACAGUUUUUCCCUUAAGUGAAAAUCGGUUUGAGGGUGUGUGAUGCUGAGAGUGUAGCUGAUACAAGGAGACUUGACGUAUUCUUAGAAAUGUUACAAAUGAAAAUCUUAUACGGGUAUUGUCUUCCUGCUGAUUUCAUAGAGGUGAGAAGCACCAGCUGAGGAUAAUAGUAUUUCUAUAAAUUUGUGGGUUGUGUUUGUGAUGAGAAGAAUAUUCUUGAAAGAUACUCAGCAUCUGUACAAUCAGUCAUACAAAUAAAAAAAAUCAAAAUUUCCUUUUCUAGGCAAGCAAAAAUUGUUACUAUGAAGCAAAAUGUGCCAUAGUAUAUUAGCACUAAAUGAAUACAGACCCAGUAUUUCUGUAAAAUGCAAUAUGUAAUUUAUUUAAUGUUUGAUUUAAAGACAAAGUUUGCUCAAUCAGGAAUUUUCUGUGUUUAAUAAAAAAAAAUCAAAGAAUUUGGCUUUUGUACACAAGAUUGACUUGGACUAGUUUUUGAGAAUGGUAUAGGUAUACUUAUCAUAACUGUUUUAUGUCAUAAUCGAUAUCAGUUUUGUGAAAUAAAUUGAUUAAUAUACUUGA